AUGCUAUUGCACGUGGAGAAGAAAACCAAGGACCUUCCUCGUGUUUAUCUGCUAGUGCACUACGACCUCUUCUCAUUACUAGGCCACUUCCAAAUCCACCGUUUACCCACCGAGCUCUUUGAUCUCUACCUUGGAAUCUACGGUCAUUUGAUUGAAGAGUGUUCCGAUGAAGCCCAUUCUGAUUGGGUGUUCAUCAAUGCUGAUUAUUUAAGUAAGAUCUUCGGGGUCUUCUGUAUGGGCUUGAUGAAUUACCACCAUUUACGGACGGCCCAAGUUCCAAAACUUCUAGCGCUUGUCGAAAAGCUAUGCCUAAUGUAUGCGUUAACUCCAGUUUUCCUUGAGAGCUGGUUUCCAUUCCAAUCCGACCCUGAUAUCAUGUUUUAUUUGCAUAAAACUCGUAUUCCAGGCACUAUACCUCUAUCCGGAGGCCCCCAGUAUUUGCCGAUUUAUGAGUUACUAAAGGAGUUUCUAUUUAUAGAUGGGUUUUAUGCGACAGCUCAAUCUGGAAUAGUCAGCUUGUGCCAGGUUACUGGGAGUAGUGCAAUGUUACAAGCUUGGUUUCAGAAAUGUGACUUCCCGGAGGUUAUUCUAACAUGUCUCGUAUCCGGUUUCAACCAAGUCUGUUACAGUGAUUAUUGUUUCCCAGCAUUAAACCAUAAUUUGCAUACAUUUGUACCAGCUUCAAACCCCAAUUUGGCACGUCAUCUAGAGAACCUAAACUUCGUGGUGGAGCUUCAGAGCUCUGUGCAUGAGUCUAGCUUGGUUUGCAGAACUAUUUUAGAUUGCAUGCGACACGAGUACACCGAGGCCAUAGUUGGGUACUUUCAUGCAGCCUUUGACUAUCAGGAACCCAUUCUAGCUUUAGCCUGCUCCUCUAUAACAUAUCUCUGUGAGAUUCCAGGAGGAGAGAGGAUAGCCAUGGCGCAGCUCAACAGCAAGGAGUUUCAAGCGGUGAUAACGGAAUCGAUGGCCCGUGGUAACGUUGUCACCAGCACGGCUGUCUUGAAAAUGUUGAACACAAUCGUUAGAUACUGCAGUGAAGAGGUUGUUCAAUCAGUUUUCUGUCACGACAACAUCAUUCCUUCUCUGCCUCGUGGUUGUAGCAGUUUUGUCACCAGAAAUGUCAUCAGACUCACUCAAUCAGAAAACAUUCCUCAUUCCCAGGUAGCGAACCAUUUGAAAGUAUCCAGAAAGAGGAUAGAACGGCUUAAAGGAAAGAGGGACGGAUUUUCUGCUGGGAUUCUUGUGUUCGAUGAGGAUGCACUCUUUGGGGUAAUAACAAAAUUCUGUUUGGCCAGAUUCUUUUUUAAUCAUAUCCUGGUGAACGUGGAACUCGUGGAGUUGAUCUUGAACAUGCUCUGCUACAAGCAAGGGUCGAUUCUGAACUUCCUUACGCAAGGGUGUGAUGGAGCCACGGAGACGUUUCUUUGUGAAUCUCCUUUCAGUCUGCGGACACACGAAACAUGCGUUUCUUUCCAAAUUACCACUUAUUUGUACGAUUCUUAUGUCCACUACAAACCUACCCUUGGGGAACAUCCUAUCUCAGACUCUACUCCUAUCCGUCAUGCCGUACAUAUUCCACCGCCUGAGUCAGUUUUAAACAAGUUUAACCAAAUCCUAAUUAACGCAGCUACUAAGCCACUUGUGGACGGAAUCAACAAAUGGGGGGAUGCCGAUUCGGGUGAAAGUUUACAGUCCAAUUUACCGUUGAACUUGAAGCUCUUUAAUACGUUUUACCUCAAUUUUUAUUGUUGCACAAAGUUACUCGCACUUAUGAGUGUGUCUUCGGCGUUAUGA